AUGUCGCAGGGCGCCGCGGAGCCGGCGGCGCUGGACGAGCUGCGGCGGCGGGCGCAGGAGGAGCCCGGGCAGCGCUGGCCGCAGCCUCUCACCGACGGCUUUUUGCUGCGCUUCCUGCGGGCCCGCGACUUCGAGCUGGAGCCGGCCUGGAGGUUAUUGAAGAAUUACCAGAAGUGGAGAAUUGAGUGCCCAGAAAUAAGUGCAGAUUUACGACCAUCUUCCAUUCUUGGUCUUUUGCGGGCUGGCUACCACGGAGUCCUGAGAUCAAGAGACCCAUCUGGAAGCAAAGUUCUAAUAUACAGAAUUGGACAAUGGGAUCCCAAGUUAUUCACAGCGUAUGAUGUCUUUCGGGUAAGUCUUAUCACAUCUGAACUCAUUGUAAAGGAGAUCGAGACCCAGCAAAAUGGAGUCAAGGUUAUCUUUGAUCUACAAGGAUGGCGAUUUGCUCAUGCAUUUCAAAUCAGUCCAGCGGUGGCCAAGAAAAUUGCUGCUGUGCUCACAGAUUCCUUUCCACUGAAAGUUCGAGGUAUCCACUUGAUUAAUGAGCCUUUAUUCUUCCACCCAGUCUACGCUCUAAUUAAGCCUUUUCUCACUGAAAAAAUAAAACAACGGGUGCAUAUGCAUGGAAAUAACUACAUGCAGAGCCUGACCGAACACUUCCCAACCAGCAUUCUUCCUCAGGAAUAUGGUGGGGAGGAAGUCUCCAUGGAGGUGCUCGCUGAGGAUUGGACUAACUUCAUAAUGGCAUCUGCAGAGUAUCUGCAGAGUAUUUCUCUGGCUUCCCAGUAAUAACCGUACCACAGUGUUCUGUCUUUUCCUGAUGACUGGAAGUGGAACAAAGUUUAAUCUGAAAUCUUUCACCUAAACUUGAAAUUAUUGUAAAUAAAACCAGAAUGUCUUUGCAGUGUACGUGGUAUCAUAUUAACUGCACUUUUCUACUACCUGGAGUAAAUAAGUAUGUACAUCGGAAGAGAUUAAUGAAUUCUGUAUGUUUGCAAUACUUUUUGUGAUUAACCAUCAUCUGUGAUUAACUUCUGUGCCAAAAAAAAAAAAAAAAAGCUGAAUAGUCCUAUGCACUGAGUAUGAGAGAGUGAUAUUGCCCCUGUUAAGUCUGUAAAGUACUAACCUGUAAUAAUGCAAUGCAGAGCCUUAUGCUAUCUCUUGUGUCUUGGCUUGUCAGGAUGAUAGGAUGCAAAGUGAAAUUAUUUAAGAAAAGCGCAAAAUGGGGCAGUUUGUUUUUUGUGGAAGUAUUAGUACAGGUGCAAUUGUACAAGGAGUGAACAGCAGCUGCUUUUGGACUAAGUCUCAGGGAAAUGGCUGUUCUGUUAGUUUGCAUUGCUGAGAUUGCACAGUCAAACUGAAGAUUAGUUGGCAAUAGUGAAACACUUCUGUUAUAUUUGUGCUGCUUAGAACAAAAGGAACACAAUCUGACAUUUUAUAGAAAAACAUAGAGAAAACACAAUGUACACAUUCUUUAGAGGACAGUAUGAAUCAGAAGGAACAAAACUUCUGAUGCCCUCUGUGGAAGAGAUGCUCUCUGUGCAAAAGCUAUAAGCAACUCACAUUAUGAACACCUUUAAUUCCUACUAUGGAACACUAUAGAGGUCAAAAGGGCUGUUGGCAGUAUUUUUUUUUUCUGUUUUGGAGGGUGAGGUAGAUUAUCUUUUAUGAACCAGGACUUUGGAAAUGGGCUAGGUGUUUAAUGGUGCCUUGUAGGUCAUUUCCGACCUGCAGCAUAGGAAGGGCUGAGUAUCUUCAUUUUAUUUUCAGAAAGGUAAUUGGCAGCUUGCUAGCCUAUAUCUUCUGAUCAGCACUGAGAAAAACUGUUACUUUCAGUAGAGCGUCUCUUUUGGUAAUGGAGAAAAAAAAAUCUUCGCUUAAGACUAUUUCAGUUAGAGUACUUAAGUGCGUUCUUUUUUUCAUGAACUCUUACUUAGUUUUUAAUGCUCACACAUUAACAUAGAAACUGAGCGUUCUGCAUAUAACAACCAACAUUAGUUGCUGCUGCUAAUAAGGACAUAAUAUAAUCAUGAUAWAUUGCAUAAUGAAUGGAAGUAGUAUUAGUGGGGAGAUUGGUGUAGAGUAAAGAACACAAAAAUAUGUAA